AUGGCCAGAACUGUGUUAUGUUUGGUUCUGCUUUUGGCCAUCGGAGUUUGCGUCGAAAGUUCGCCUGAAGGACGUGUAGAAUGCAUCUAUUCCAGCUCAAACCAGAAGCGACCAGGCACAUAUUCCCUCCAAAUUGAGGAUAUUCCGACCGAAUACUGCACGCACGUCAUCUACGAUCAUAUAACGUUCGAACAUUCGUCAAUGACUAUCAUACCCAGUAAUCCGGAGUAUGAUGUUGUACAAAAUGGUUGGGUAAAGUUUAUUGACCUGAAGAAAACCAACCCAAAACUGAAGCUUCUAAUAGUUGCCGAUUCUGUUUCCUUAAUACCAGCUUUUGACAGUUCUAAUUCUCAUACUUACUUGAUGGCUCCUCUGAACAAUAGCACAUUCGAGGCUAGCGAUGUACAAGAUGUUUCUAUUACACACUCCGUACAAAAAUGGUUGAAAAAUGGUUGUCCAGCGAACAAGAUGAUUCUGGGAGUCCGCUUCACCGGGACAACGUUCACGUUGGAAGAUCCCGCAAACAACGGAGUGUAUGCUCCUGUUAACGAUUAUGGGAACCCAUGUCCGGUAACUGGGAUCCCGACAUAUUGUGCCUAUUUCGAACUGUGCCAGAAAUUCAACGAAACUGAAUGGACUUUCAAGUGGGACGAAGAUGGCGCCUGCCCUUACGCAUUCCAAGGCGAUCAAUGGGUCUCUUAUGAAAAUGCGGUGUCGGUCGAACAGAAGGCUAGCUUUGCGAAAACGAAAGGGUUGGGAGGAGUCUUUAGUGUACAUAUCGGAUAUGAUGACUAUCGAGGCAUCUGUGGUGAAAAAUAUCCAUUAAUUAAAGCAUUAUGGAAAGGAUUCCGAGCUAAAAGCAUUCAAUGA